ACAUCGUUGCCUUAAUUGUAUCUCAUUUUCAUCCCUUCCGACAAUGGCUGAUGACAUUCAAGGCUUUGCCAUGCUAUUCCUUCUAGGGCUCAUCUCCAUAGUAGUGGUUACACUUACAUCCAUCUUGUACAAGCGAAGAAGAAAACUUCGCCUUCCACCAGGUCCAUUAGCUUUACCUAUCAUCGGGCAUAUGCAUCUCAUCGGCUCAAUCCCUCACCAAAGUUUCCAUAAGAUCUCCAACCGCUACGGCCCCUUGAUUCACCUUCUUCUCGGCUCUGUCCCUUGUGUAGUGGUCUCCUCCGCUGAGGCAGCAAAAGAAGUGCUCAAGUCCCACGAUCAUGACUUUUCUGAUAAACCAAUUACUCUUGCUACAAACUAUAUAACAUAUGGUGCCGACGUUGUCUUUUCUCCGUAUGGACCCUACUUUAAAUUCAUGAAAAAGCUGUGCAUGUCGGAGCUCCUAAACGGCCAGGUUCUCAACCAAUUCAUUCCGUUGAGAAAGGAAGAGCUACAACGCUUCCUACAAUCUAUAUUCAAGAGGGCCUGCACUGCUGAGCCCGUUGAUGUUCGCCAAGAAGUCUUGAGCCUAACGUUGAACACAAUUACAAGAAUGGUGAUGAAUACGAGGUGCUCUGCAGAAGAAGAUCAGGCUCAGGAGGCUAUAAUGGCGGUGCAAGACGCUCUUGAGCUUAUCGGUAGGUUUAACUUGUCUGAUUACAUUGGGUUUUGCAGGAAUCUGGAUCUACAAGGUGUUAAAAAAAGGAUGAAAGACGUACGUCACCGGUUCGACAAUAUCAUAGACAAGAUCAUCACGGACCAUGAAGAGGCCAGGAGGGAGAAGAUGGGUGAUGGAGGUGAUCGCGUAGAGACUCUUCUUGAUUUAUUACUUGAUAUAUAUGAAGAUGAAGAAGCUGAGAUAAGAUUGACCAAAACCAACGUCAAAGCCUUCAUUCUGGACUUAUUUUUAGGAGGGAGUGAUACAUCUGGACUGACAAUUGAAUGGGCAAUGUCAGAGCUCAUAAACAACCCGCCCGUAUUAGAGAAAGCCAGAGAAGAGAUCGACUUAGUAGUUGGAAAGAGUAGAUUGGUGGAAGUAUCAGACCUUCCUAAUCUUCCUUACCUCCAAGCAAUUGUAAAGGAAACAUUGAGGCUUCACCCCGGUAUCCCUUUAAUUCUAAGAUCAUCGACUAGAUACUGCAAAAUCUGGGGCUAUGACAUUCCUGCAAAAACCACGACUUUUGUCAACGUCUGGGCGAUUGGGAGAGACCCAAAGUACUGGGACAACCCACUCCAAUUCCGACCAGAACGAUUUAUGAUUGAAGAUGGAAGUAAUAAAUUAAAUCAGAUCGAUGUUAGGGGACAACAUUUUCAAAUGCUGACUUUUGGGAGCGGAAGGAGGAUAUGUCCAGGAAUCUCUUUUGCUUUACAAACGGUACAAACAACUCUCGCAAGCGUGAUUCAGUGUUUCGAGUGGAAAUUUGGAAAUGGAAAGAAUGUAAAAGUAGACAUGGAAGAGAGUGUGUCAAUUUCUCUCCCAAAAGCCCAUCGUUUGAUUUGUGUCGCGACACCCCGCCUGAAUCCAUUGCCAUUAACCUGAUUUGAAAAGAUGUCUACCUUAGUACCGUGGGGAAAAGUCUUGCUGUAUGAAAUUAAUAAUAAUAAUCUCUUCCCUCAUAAAUAAGUGGGAGGUA